CCAGAGUAUUUUCUAAAAGUUAUUUUGGGCAUAGAUCUUCAGGGACUCACAUUAUGAGCAGUGUCUAUUGCUCUAAUAGUGCAGCCUCACUACUUGAUUGUAGCUAUAAUUCAUUAUCAGCAAUUACGUCAUGCGGAGAUUUGAACAGAGCUGGUGUAAUUUGUUUAGAUGCUUGUGAUGAUGGUAACUUGAGAUUGAGUGGCUCUAGUGCUGAAUAUGCUGGUCGUGUUGAAAUAUGCAUAGAAUCAUAUUGGACAUCACUUUGUGAUCAAAACUGGGAUUUAAAGGAUGCUCAAGUAGCUUGUAGAGAGUUAGGAUACUCUCCUUAUGGUGCAAUGCCAACAUAUGGUUGCUAUACUGAGGGACAACUAUCAUUUGGUAUUACUAGUAUCAACUGUACUGGCUCUGAGAAUGCUUUGUUGAACUGUUCUCACAGUAACCCAGUAUAUAUUGUAUAACUGUCGCUCUCAUAGUGAUGCUGGACUUAUAU